AUGAAGGUCUCUGCCCUAGCUGUACUUGCUGCCUUUGCGGCCACUGCUCUUGCUAGCCCAGUUCGCCCAGAUGGCGUUGGAAGUGACAAGUACCUGAUUGAACUCGGGCCAGGGAAGACCCAAUGGGUUACCAAGGACCAGAAGCACCAGAUGAAAGCUGCUGGACAAACGUUCAUUGAUAUCACCGAUGAGUUCGGUACUGAUUUUAUGCCCACCCAAGUUGUUGCUGCAAACUACCCAACGAAGGCCCUCCAUGCCUCCAUUGUCGACCCCCUCAUUGCCAACCUUUCAAAGGAGAACCUCAUGCGGGAUCUGACUGCGCUGGUGAAGUUCCACAAUCGUUACUACGAGUCAAAAACCGGCGUUGAGUCUGCGACCUGGCUGAUGCAACAAGUCCAGAAGGCCAUCGAUGCCUCUGGAGUUAAGGGUGCUAAGGUUGAGAAAUUCAUGAACAAGUUCCAGCAAUUCAGCAUCAUUGCCACUAUCCCAGGAUCCUCCAAAUCGACUAUCGUCGUUGGGGCCCACCAGGACAGUAUCAACCAGAAAAACCCCAUGGCUGGCCGUGCCCCCGGCGCCGAUGAUAACGGAAGUGGAUCUGUUGUCAUCCUUGAGGCCCUUCGCAGCGUCUUGGGAUCCAAGGCUCUCCAGGCUGCCAACGCCACUAACACCAUGGAAUUCCACUGGUACGCUGGUGAAGAAGGCGGUCUGUUGGGCUCCAGCGCUAUCUUCUCAAAAUACAAGAGCAGCGGCCGAAAGAUCAAGGGCAUGCUUAACCAGGACCUUACUGGUUUUACCAAGAAGGGCAACCCUGAACAAUUUGGCCUUAUCGCCGACAAUACUAAUAAGGAGCUGAAUGAAUUCACCAAGAUGAUUGUUAAGAAGUAUGCUACUAUCCCAAUCAUUGAGGCCAAGUGUGGCUAUGCCUGCUCUGACCAUGCCUCUGCUACCCGAAAUGGGUUCCCAUCCUCUUUCGUCGCGGAGACCAACUACCGCAACACCAACCCAUACCUCCACACUGCCGACGAUGUCAUUGAGAACUUGGACUUUAACCAUAUGGUGGAACAUGCUAAGGUCGUCGUUGGAUUCAUGGCCGAGCUUGCUAUGACCCCCAACUUGUAA